UUGGACUGCAGCAGAAAAUCCGCUGCAUUGAAGAAGAAAAGAAAAGAAAUCCCGAUGCUUAUUACCUCCGUGGCCGUGUAAGGGGGGGAAUCGGAGUCUCACCAGGCUGCGAUGCAUCUAUUCCCGUGUAAACUGCUGAUGUUUCUCUACGACUGAGCUCUGAUAGGACUGAGGGUCUUUCCAGUUUCAGGCCGACUGUCUCCACCUGAGGACUGUCUGAUUACUCCCAUCUGAUGGAAUUAGACUUUGCUAUUUAAGAAUCAGUCCCCUGGCAGCUGGCUGGCUUCUCACUGCUUAUCAACUGCCUUAAAUCUCAUUGUGUUUGCACAUAGCACAUAAGUAAAGUAAAAGUAACUAUCAGCACAUUCAAGUUCUAAUAAAAGUGCAAUAGAGCUGAAGUAAAAAGGCAAUUAGUGGCAACAAUCCUCGUGCCAAGAUGGAUGAAACGCAUAACAGGACUUCCUUGGUCAAAGGAGCCAAGGACAUCGCCAAAGUAGCCAAGAGGCAAGCUGCCAAAAAUUUCAGCAAAGCUGUCGAUCAUGCCUCAGAUGAGUACUCCACCCAUCGCAGCUACAACCGUUUCCACAAUGACGAAGACGAGGAGGACAACUACAACAAUUACAAUCAGCAGGGUGGCCACUAUGCUGACAAUGCAGCCAAUGAUGACGAUGAAGGGGCUUCCAGUGAUGCAACGGAGGGCCACGAUGAUGAAGACGAGAUCUACGAGGGGGAGUACCAAGGCGUGCCUGGCGUCAGCAAUGAGAAACAGAAGGAUGGUCAGGUAGCUCUGGGAAAGCCGGUCUCAGACAGCCUCAAGAGCCGCAAGGAGCUUGAGAACGAGAGACAGGCAGACGAGGAGGAGCUGGCCCAGCAGUAUGAGCUGAUCAUGCAGGAGUGUGGGCACGGGAGAUUCCAGUGGCAGCUGUUCUUUGUACUUGGCCUGGCGCUCAUGUCGGACGGUGUGGAGGUGUUCGUAGUGGGAUUUGUCCUGCCCAGUGCCGAGACAGACAUGUGUGUCCCCAACUCUGGUGCAGGAUGGCUUGGCAGCAUUGUGUAUCUGGGGAUGAUGUUCGGAGCAUUUUUUUGGGGCGGCCUGUCGGACAAGGCAGGCCGUAAGCAGUGCCUCCUAAUAUCCUUGUCCAUGAACGGCUUCUUUGCCUUCCUCUCCUCCUUUGUUCAAGGCUACAGUACGUUCCUCUUCUGCCGCAUGUUGUCUGGCUUUGGGAUCGGUGGAGCGGUGCCGAUAGUGUUCUCGUACUUUGCGGAGGUGUUGGCGCGGGAGAAACGAGGAGAGCAUCUGAGCUGGCUGUGCAUGUUCUGGAUGAUUGGAGGAAUUUAUGCUUCAGCCAUGGCCUGGGCUAUCAUCCCACACUAUGGAUGGAGUUUCAGCAUGGGAUCAGCCUACCAGUUCCACAGCUGGCGGGUGUUUGUGGUGGUGUGCGCACUGCCGUGCGUCUCUGCUGUCGUGGCUCUCACUUUUAUGCCUGAGAGCCCCCGCUUCUUCCUGGAGGUGGGUAAACACGAUGAGGCCUGGAUGGUGCUCAAACAGAUCCACGACACCAACAUGCGCGCUCGAGGGGAGCCUGAGAGGGUCUUCACCGUGAACAGGAUAAAAAUCCCCAAACAUCUCGACGAGCUGGUAGAGAUGCAAAAUGAGUCGGCCAACCCAGUGCUCAAGGUCCUCUUCAAGAUCAAGGCUGAGCUCCGAGGAAUCUGGUUGACUUUUAUGAAAUGUUUCAACUACCCAGUAAAAGACAACACCCUGAAACUGGCUGUAGUCUGGUUUACUUUGUCUUUCGGCUACUACGGGCUGUCGGUGUGGUUCCCUGAUGUCAUCAAGCACCUUCAGGCCGACGACUACGCCUCCAGAGUGAAAAUCUUUGUCAACGAGCGCAUUGAAGACUUCACCUUCAACUUCACCGUGGAGAACCAUAUCCACAGAAAUGGAGUCUUUAUAAAUGACAGGUUUAUCAGCAUGAAGUUCAAGGCGGUCACAUUCAUUGACUCAUCCUUCUACAACUGCUACUUUGAAGAUGUCACCUCAGUGGGAUCAUCCUUCAAUAACUGCAGCUUUGUGGACUCUUUCUUCUACAACACGGAUAUUGACGACACCAAGUUAACAAACUCAAGGGUGAUCAACAGCUCUUUCCACCACAACAAGACAGGCUGUCAGAUGACGUUUGACGACGAUUACAGCGCCUACUGGGUCUAUUUUGUCAACUUCCUGGGAACGUUGGCAGUGUUACCGGGAAACAUCGUUUCUGCUUUGCUCAUGGACAAGAUAGGACGCCUCAGCAUGUUAGGAGGCUCCAUGGUGCUGUCAGGCAUCAGCUGCAUCUUCCUUUGGUUUGGUACCAGCGAGUCCAUGAUGAUCUUCAUGCUCUGUCUCUACAACGGCCUAAGCAUCUCAGCGUGGAACUCCCUGGACGUGGUCACCGCGGAGCUGUACCCAACAGACAGGAGGGGCACAGGAUUUGGCUUCUGCAACGCCAUGUGUAAGCUGGCAGCGGUGCUCGGCAACCUGAUCUUUGGCUCGCUGGUUGGCAUCACCAAGGCUAUCCCCAUCCUGCUGGCAUCAUCCGUGUUGGUUGGCGGCGGGCUGGUGGGGCUCCGGCUGCCAGAUACUCGUGCCAACGUCCUCAUGUAAACCUCAGCGCAGAACAAUGUUUUGUUUACCAGGUUUUUACUCAGUAUGCCGAAUAAUGACUCAUUUAUGGACUAUAAUUUAUUUGAACAUCACUGAAACAAUCACUGCAGACCUCCCUGUUGCAUACAUUUUGCUAAUAAUUCAAAAUAUCAUGAAAGACUUGUGACAGAUAAUCAUUGUUCUGUUACUUCUGAGUAAAAUAUCUGGUAAAGUUGAACAGUUAAAUGCAGUUUUACAGAGCUGUAGAUGUACAGAGAAUGUUUGCAACAGUCAGUCCCAAGUUUCUUUUUGCAGAAACUGCUUCUGCUCAUGGAGAAAUUGGUAGAAAAAGGCUUCUUCAAAGCUAUGAUCGCUAAUGAAACUCUGUAAAUCAACAGCUCGCUAACCACCACGGGUUGUCUGACACAUGCAACCCACAAAUGCAUUUGCCAAAGCUGCAAAAGGCUUGGACUUCCUAUUUCCUACUCCUUUCCACACUCAUCCAUCCAUCCAUCCAUUUUCCACCGCUUAUCCGUUACCGGGUCGCGGGGGCAGCAGUCUCAACAGAGAUGCACAGACUUCCUUCACCCCAGACACUUCCUCCAGCUCUUCCGAGGGGAGUCCGAGACGUUCCCAGGCCAGCCGAGAGACAUAGUCUCUCCAGCGUGUCCUGGGUCUUCCCCGGGGGUCUCCUCCCAGUGGGACAUGCCUGGAACACCUCUCUUCCACACAAAGUCUUGCUUUAAAUAAAUUGAUUGUUUGCAGGUUUUGGUAAUAAGCUUUUAAAACUGCCACCAACACAUGGUUAGCUUAGCUUAAAGCUCCUCACAUUUUAAACCUUAAUGCAAGUUUUUUUUUUUU